CCAAAAAUUCCCCAAAUUCCCCCAACCUCCCUGCCCCCUCUGGUGUCCCGGCAGUGGAGCGGCGGCGCCGGGACAAGAUCAACAACUGGAUCGUGCAGCUCUCCAAAAUCAUCCCCGACUGCGGCGCCGACAGCGGCAAAUCCGGCGCGAGCAAAGGCGGGAUCCUGUCCAAGGCCUGCGAUUACGUGCGGGAGCUGCGCCAGAGCAACCAGCGCCUGCAGGAGACCUUCAAAGAGGCCGAGCGGCUGCAGAUGGACAACGACCUGUUUGGAGCGGCGGCGCCGGGACAAGAUCAACAACUGGAUCGUGCAGCUCUCCAAAAUCAUCCCCGACUGCGGCGCCGACAGCGGCAAAUCCGGCGCGGUGAGAGCGGCCCCGGGACGCCGGGAAGCAAAGGCGGGAUCCUGUCCAAGGCCUGCGAUUACGUGCGGGAGCUGCGCCAGAGCAACCAGCGCCUGCAGGAGACCUUCAAAGAGGCCGAGCGGCUGCAGAUGGACAACGACCU